GGGCCGAGCUUGGUGUCUGCGGGCCCGGACCGGUCUGUCCCGGUCCCGUUCCCCGGCCCGGCCCGUCAUGCAGGCAGCGGAGCGGGACGGGGUGGCGGGGGGCGGUGAGGCUCCUCCGGAGUCGUCGCCGCCCAAGGCCGCUGCCGCUUUCGACCUGCUGGAGCUGGUGCGGAGCUACCGGCGGCUGGAGCUCUAUCUGGAGCCGCUGCGGGACGCCGCCGAGGGCGUUCGCUCCCUCCUCCGGUGGCAGCGGCCCGUCUGCUCCCUCCUCGUCUGCCUCGGCCUCAACUUCCUCCUGCUCACUCUCGGACAAGACGCCUGGUUCUCGGUGCUUGCUCUCUUGGUGGUGGUGCCGGCCCUGCUGGGCUACCUGCAGGAGACGUGCCGGGCCCGGCCCUCGGAGCCGGAGCUGGUGCGCAGGAGGUACCACAGCGUGCGGCGGGAGGACCUGCGCAGGGUGCAGCUGUCGCGGCAGGAGGCCAUCGCCCAGGUCAAGAGCUUCCUGAUCCAACUGGAGGGAUUUCUGAGUGGGAUGUGCUGCAGCUGUGAGGCAGUGUACCGUGUACUGUACUGGGAGAACCCCACCAUCUCUUCCCAGUUUUAUGGGGCGCUGCUGGGUUCUGUCUGCAUCCUUUACCUGCUACCCCUCUGCUGGGUCUUGGCCAUCCUCAAUAGUACCCUCUUCCUGGGCAACACCCAGUUCUACCAAGUGAUAAUGGAACUCAAGGUCUCAGUUGAGCAGUGUGUAGGCACCAAACCCCUUGAGCAUGCUCCAGAGCCUGCUGAACCCCCACCAGCUGCCCCCCCCUUGGAUCGGACCCCUACACCCACCAGCACAGAGGACCUUACUCCUGGCAGCGUGGAGGAGGCAGAGGAAGCAGAGCCUGAUGAAGAGUUCAAAGAUGCUAUUGAGGAGGAUGACGAGAGCUCUCAGUGCUCAGCAGAUUUUGACCUCAGCCUCCCAGACAACGGUUUUAUGAGCAAAAAUGAGGUGAUCCGCAGCAAAGUCUCACGCCUGACCGAGCGCCUGCGCAAGCGUUACCCCAGCAACAAUUUUGGGAGCUGCACGGGCUGCGCAGCCACUUUCUCUGUGCUCAAAAAGAGGCGGAGCUGCAGUAACUGUGGGAACAGCUUUUGCUCCAGGUGUUGCUCCUUCAAAGUCCCCAAGGCUGUGAUGGGAGCCACAGCCCCAGAGGCUCAGAAGGAGACUGUGUUUGUGUGUGCUGUGUGCAACCAGAUGCUCAUCAAGUGAUGGAAGCAGGCCCAGUCAGCUCCUGGGUACAGCUCUGCCUGACUCCUGGACUGCUGGCACCCUGCCUGUGCUUGCCAGGAGCCUGGACUGCUCAGUUCUCAGUAUGGCCUCAUCCUGCCAGAGGACACGUGCACUUGCCACUCCUCCUGCCAGCACCAGGUUGGGGGCAGACUAGCCCUCCUUGCCACACAGCAUCUGCCGCAGCAUUUGGGUCCCUGCAGUAGAGCACUGCCCAUAGCUCUGCCCUGUGGGAGCUGCUCCAAGCCCUGAGUGCUCCCUGGCACUCGCUGCACCCUGCUGUGUACUUGCCCUGGGCCUGUGACCUCACUCAGUGAUGGAGGAGCCAUCCUUCCCACUUGUUGGUCCUACCUCCACCUCCUGGCUGGGGCAGAACAACCUCAGGUGUCUUUCCUAGCAUUGUGCUGGGAGACUAUUUUUGGGAUCAAGUUUGAGCUCUACCUGUAUCCCCAGGAGAUGUGGUUCUUGGUCCUGGUUCAUCUGAGACCCUGCUAGUCACUCCUGUAUUCCUCAGCCUUGCUGCCUGCAGGUUUAGUCCCCCCAUUUUGGCUGUAGCACAGAGGUGACAUUGAGGGUAAGUGUGGGCUGGGCUGUGGGGCCAAGUCUCCAGCUGCAGUGUGAGAGUUGGUGCUGCUCUGUGCACUUAGUGACUGCUGCUUUCUACUACAGAUUAAUAUAUAAGUGUAUAUAGACAAUGACCAAUAAAUCUCUUGCCCUCA